GGGUACUUGUAAUUAAGCGAGAGGAGUGCAGAUGGCGACGAUGGAUCAAGUGACGGCGGAGAUGAAGGAGGAGAAGACAUGGGCCGUAACAUGGGGUACAUUCCUGAAUGAGGUGAAGAAGGAAGGUUUUAUAGCUGCUCCAAUGGUGGCAGUCUCAGUGCUGCAGUAUCUGCUGCAACUGGUGUCCAUGAUAAUGGCUGGACAUCUUGAUCAGCUUGCACUCUCCAGUGUUGCGAUUGCCAUCUCUCUCACCAAUGUCACUGGUUUUAGCCUUCUUUCAGGAAUGGCAGGUGGACUGGAAACAUUAUGUGGGCAAGCAUUUGGAGCAGGACAAUAUCAAAAACUUGGAACUUACACUUGCACUGCAAUGAUCUCUCUUCUCUUGGUUUGUCCUCCAAUAUGUGUCCUCUGGAUUUUCUUUGACAAAUUAUUACCCUUAGUAGGCCAAAACCCCCAAAUAUCACAUGAAGCACAAAUAUACUCAGUUUGGCUAAUUCCUGCACUUUUUGGCGGUGCAAUUCUUAAGCCUUUAACUCGAUAUUUCCAGUCUCAGAGUUCAAUUUUUCCAAUGCUUUUAUCCUCCUUUGUCAUUCUUCUUUUCCAUAUUCUUACCUCUUGGGCCUUUAUAUAUAAGCUGGAACUAGGAGUUAAGGGUUCAGCCAUAUCCUUUAGUUUGUCAACUUGGUUGUAUGUGGUACUGCUGUGGUUGUAUGCAAUGUUUUCUUCAUCCUUCGAGGAAACCCGUCUUGCAUUUUCUAUGGAGUCUUUGGUCCAUAUUGGACUGUUCUUUCGCUUAGCCGUCCCCUCCGCUGUAAUGAUUUGUCUUAAAUGGUGGUCAUGUGAGCUGAUUAUUUUGCUGUCCGGCCUUCUACCAAAUCCAAAGCUGGAGACUUCGGUGCUUUCAAUAUGCCUUACAAUCUCUACAUUGCACUUCACUAUAUCGUAUGGAUUCGGAGCUGCUGCAAGUAUUCGGGUGUCGAAUGAAUUAGGAGCUGGCAAUCCACAAGCAGCUCGAGUGGCCGUAUGGGCUGCAAUGUUUCUAUCAGUCACUGAGGCAGUUAUUGUGAGCACAACUCUCUUCUGCUGCCGCUACGUUCUGGGGCAUGUUUUUAGCAGUGAGAAGCCAGUCGUGGAUUAUGUUGUGGUCAUGGCACCUCUGAUUUGUAUCUCAGUAUUCAUGGAUAGCGUACAAGCUGUUCUUUCAGGUGUUGCUAGAGGAAGUGGAUGGCAACAUAUAGGGGCAUAUGUGAAUCUUGGGGCGUUUUAUCUGGUUGGACUUCCUGUGGGUUGUGCACUGGGAUUUGCUCUAGGCUUAAGGGGGAAGGGCCUUUGGAUUGGAAUAGUGGCCGGGUCUGCUGUACAAUCUGCUCUUCUUGCUCUUAUCACUAGCUUCACCAAUUGGACAAAACAGGCAAAGAGGGCAAGGGAGAGGGUAUUCGCGGAGCGAUUAUCAGAAGACAGCGAAGCAAAUUGAAUGAGAUAAAAGAAAAAGAACUUUGGAAAUGAGAGCAAGGAGCCUUUUGUCCGUUACAAUUUGCAGUCAUUACAUCUUUUCUGCUCAAAAUUCAAAAUUCAUCAUCAGAAGGAAUUGUACAUGUUUAAGUACAAAGUAGUAGCUAGCAAGCGAGAAAAAACAGGUUAACAUAACACAAACAAUUGGCGCCAAGUCGAUCGGUUGAUUGUAAUAAAAAUUUGGUCAUCUAGAUAAACGUAUAGGAGUUCAAGAGACCUGAAGAACUUUAGUCAUCUGCCGCCCUUCUGGAAUCCGAUCGUCACGAAAAAACCGGCUGUUAUAAAUGUAAAUUGAUCCUUAUAUAUGGCUUGCUGGUGAAGAGAGUCUUUGAUCAUGUUCCAAUUUGCUGUGGCCAAAGCUGCUUGUAUAGGUUAAAAUAGAUCUGGAUGCUGAACGGAAUGUGAAUAAUUUUUUAUUCUUUUUGGCCACUGAAUUUAGCGUG